AUGGCUUCAGAUUCCAAUUCAAAUCUUAGAAUCACCAUUGAAAGCAAUCCUCCAGAGUCACGUCUAGCUGAAUUGAACAUCAAGUGUUGGCCCAAAUGGGGUUGCUCUCCAGGGAAGUACCAAUUAAAGUUUGAUGCUGAAGAGAUAUGCUAUUUGCUGAAAGGGAAGGUGAAGGCAUAUCCAAAAGGGUCAUCAGAGUUUGUGGAGUUUGGUGUUGGAGACCUUGUCACCAUCCCAAAGGGACUCAAUUGCACUUGGGAUGUCUCAGUUGCUGUGGAUAAGCAUUACAAAUUUGAAUCAACAUCAUCAUCAUCAUCUUCUUAG